UAUGCCCUGGAAAGUUUUACUGAAAUGCGAAGUACCAGUAAGGCAGUGGAAGGUGUUACACUUGGGCAGUUCUUGCAACAGCAAGGUGCAUCCCGCUUAACAAGUGCGGAGCUAAAUCCAUGGGACUACGCAAUCCAUCCACCUGAAACGUUUGUCGAACAGGUGAAGGUGCUGGAAAUGCCGGGCACCAGCGAACUGGUACCAUGCCAUUCCUGCAAUGCGGAGGGCUUAACGCACUGUUUCUACUGUCGAGGCUACGGAACUGACAAAUGCACUUAUUGCAGGUUAUGUGUUCUAAGGAUUUUAAACGUUGCGGAUUGGAAGGUUCAUUUCAAGGCACAGCUUCUCUAG